AUGACCCCGGUAUCGAGAAAGAGCAGGACAUACGUCAAGCAAGAGAAGGCGAACGAUCUUGACAUGGAGGAGGUGGAGGAGGAUUACACUGCGGAUAAAACGCUGAACAGAAGUCUGGAUGAAUUUGACAUUAUGGAAGAGUCUUACAUGGGCGAACAAGAGCCUGCUCUAUUGCCUAAAGAUCUGGACGGUAUGCAGUGUGCCUUGUUGCAAUGGCUCCGGAAGGAUGAAAAUUCCAGCUUAUAUAAUCAGUUGCUUGGCCUGAAUGUGAUUUCUUUUGUAAGUUUAUCCUCAUUCCGUUGA